UUCAUUCAUCGCUGUCCAUUCAUUCCCUGGGUUCAUUUAGAGGAAAGUUGGGCGUUGAUUCGCUGAUCCCGGACACGUGCUCUGGAACAGGAAAGAGGAAGUGGACCUUUGUAAUAUGGUUUGGAGGAGGAGUUCAGUGUCAAGAUUGCUACUGAAGGUGACUCUAACUCAACACCAUCGUGCUGCUCAGUGUGACCAGGUGCAAUGAUGGACAAGUUUGUCAUCAGGCGACCAAAGAACUAUGGCAAUUCCAAGUCAGAACAGUGUGAGGUCCAAAAGCAGAUGGAUAGUAAAGCAGUGAAUGAUCCAAUGGCAGAGAGUCCAAGGAAGAAACUGAAAAGCAGGACAGGUGAAAGUGAAUUAACAGAACUGACACCCCCCUUAAACGAGCAGGGCUUGCUGAGAGAUGCUGACUGUUCUUGGAAGCAGCUGAGAGCGGAGGGACUGAACUGUGAUUAUACCAAAAUAUUCACCAAAUCAGAGGCGGAUGACAUAUUUUUGCAGUUGGAGAAAGAGCUGGAGUAUUUUUCAGGUGAAGAAACCAAAGUGCAAGUGUUUGGCAAAUGGCACAAUAUUCCACGUAAACAGGUGACAUAUGGGGACCUUGGCUUGACCUACACUUACUCAGGGGUGACCCUGGCUCCUAAGCCCUGGCUUCCCGUGCUGGAGAUGAUCAGAGCCCGAGUAACGCAGGCUACAGGACACACGUUCAACUUUGUGCUGAUCAACAGGUACAAAGAUGGACGAGACCACAUAGGGGAGCACCGUGAUGAUGAGAAGGAACUGGAGCCUUUCAGCCCCAUCGCAUCAGUCUCCUUUGGUGCCUGCCGGGACUUCAUCUUCCGUCACCGGGACUCCCGAGGUAAACAUGCGACACGCCGCCUGGAACCAGUGAAACUGCUUCUGGGCCACGGCAGCCUGUUGAUGAUGAACUACCCCACCAACAUCUACUGGUACCACAGCCUGCCAGUCCGCAAAAACGUGCUGAGCCCCCGCAUCAAUCUGACCUUCCGCAAAGUCUUACCUCUGGCAAAGGCUGAUUGAGAGCAUUCCCCUCAGCAUAACUGAUAGACAAGUGAGAGUCAACAGUCCGUUUCUGAACUUAGUCCUUGAAACUGCUGGGCUGAGAUUUGCCUUCAGCAGCAGUGGCUCUGUUGCUACCUCAGUCCGACUGUCUUGUGGAUGAGUCAAAUUGAAGACCUGUUUGCCACCUCCUCGUGUGGAUUAAGGGAUCCUAUUUGUGUUGUUUGGAAGAAGGGCAGGCAGCUAUGGUUGGUGUUUCACUCCGUGUUUAAUUCUUCAAACAACAUUGCGAAAAUAAUUGCUCUCUUCACUGUUACUGUCGGUGGGAUCUUUCUGUGCGCACAUUGGCUACCACUUUUCUUGUAUAAUGAGCAAACUACUUUGAGGCUGAUAGAGGUGCUUUAUAAAUGUAGGGUCGUCUUGAUACGAAUUGUCUGUUCGUACAGUAAUUAGAGGCCUUUACAGCUCAUAGUCACGACUGUCAUCCCGUAAUGCUACAAGCAUUAGGAUGGAGAGUAUUGCAUAUAGCACUGAGUGGGAAACCUACCUGAUGUAAAUGCCCCCCCAGUGAUGCUAACAUAAACCAAUGACAGCAUCACAAACACCUUGCUGAAACUGGGCUAACAAAGACAAAGAAUCAAGCUCAUAACUCUUUGUAUUCAUAGCACCAGGUUGAUACUGGUCAUCCUUAUAUGCAAUAAAAGUUGUGUUAUUGAUUUUCAAGUAA